AAUAAGCCGACCUAACCUAAAAGUUUGUUUUGAACUUUUGUUUGUGAUGGUGUUUGGUCCUAUAAAACCAUUUUAAACUUUUGCCAUUAUCCCAUCCACAAAUGUUUACAAAACUGGCUUAAAUUGCACACGGAACUUCCCUCAGUAAGCUUCUAAAGAUGUCAGUGAAAAGUAAAAUAUCGAAGGCGAAACGCAACAACCAGAAAAAAACGAAACUAAUAAAACAGGGGGUGAUUAAAAAGAAUUCAAAUAAAAGCAAGAAACAAGGUCGGGUGAACCCACCUAAAAUUGUAAAAAAUGUGCCAAAAGAGCAGUAUUCAGACGAGGAGAGUGAUCAUGGAGAAGACAUGCUUCAGAUGGUUGAGGAGGAGGAUUUGGAUUUUUUGAAGAAUGCUAUAACCAAUAGGAGUUAUGGUAUUUUGAACCGAGUUAAAUAUACUGGUCCCUCACCAAAACCAAAUAAACGAAAAAUUGAAGAAGACGAAACCUUAGAACAACAAUAUGAGGACCAAAUAGAAGACAAUAGUGGAAAACGUGUAAAAGCUCUGCUACCCAUUAAAACGCAAAAAGGCCUGGUGCAUAAAGAAAUUAUCGAGGAUAUACCUGAUGAUGAAGAUGAGAAUGAGCAGGAAGAGGAGGAGGGAAACGAAGAACCUGACGGCUCAGAACAAGCAGACUCAGAAACGGAAGAGUUUACUUUACAAGAAUCAGCUAUCGAUCUGAGUCAGCCAAUCUCAGCGGCCCAACUGUUGGCCACCAGAAAUGACAUAUUAAGGCAAAAGAAAAUCCAUAUUGGAACUCUUAGUUCUGGAUUAUUGGAAAACCCCGAGGAAAAAGUGACUAACUUGAGAACACUAUUAUCUCUUAUGGAUGAGGAAACACCUGAGGUCUACUUCAUCGUCCGAAAGCUCGUAACUAUAUCGCUUAUGGAAGUUUUCAAAGACAUUCUGCCCGAUUACGAAAUUAAAAAUGUGAAUCCCGAUGGAGUAAAACUGAAAAAGGACACACUAAAGCUGCAAAAAUAUGAGGAAAUGUUGCUGUUAUAUUAUAAAAAGUUCUUACAAAAGUUGGAGAAAUAUUGUUUUUUGCUGACCAAGAAAAAGGGUGAUUCUAAAAAAAAGUCUGCGGAAGAAAUCGCUUUAUCGGAACUCUCGAUUCAGGCGAUGUGCGAUCUGCUAGUAACCCAUCCGUAUUUUAAUUAUAGUCAAAAUAUUGCGCAAGUGUUGGUGCCGUUUUUGAAUAACUCCAGGAAAAAUAUUAGGGAUUUGGUGAAAAAUAGCAUUUGUACUGUCUUUAAGGAGGAUAAAAAGGAGGAAAUUACUUUAAAGAUCUUAAGGUUAGUUAAUAAUUACCUUAAAACUCACGCGCACAACGUUAAUGUGGAACCCUUGGAAAUCUUGUUGGUUCUCGACUUAAGAGGUGUUAAUUUAGACGAGGAAAAAGAGCAGGAUAUCAAAACGAAGAAAAUGCAGGCGAAAAAGGCUAGACUGUUACAAAUGUCGAAAAAAGAACGAAAGAGAAAAAAGAAGUUACAGGAACUGGAAAAAGAAAUGUUAGAGACAAAGGCGGAAGAGAACAAGCAGCAAAAGCAAAAAAACCUGACGGAGAUAACAAAAGUGAUAUUCAACAUUUACUUCAGGAUUUUAAAGAAUUCGGAGAAUACUAAGAUGCUCGGGGUUUGUCUCGAAGGAUUGGCAAAGUUUGCCCACUGUAUAAACCUGGAAUACUACGUAGACAUUGUAAACGUCCUAAACAAAUUAUUAUCAGAAGAUUGGUUAGGCUACAGGGAGCAACUCCACUGUAUCCAAACCAUUUUUAUAAUGUUAAGUGGACAGGGAGAAGCAAUUAAUAUUGACCCAACAAGGUUUUAUGUGACUCUAUAUAAGGAUUUAUUGAAAACCAAUGCGGGCAGGAACCACGAAAACACUUUUAUAGUACUGAAAACUCUUAUCGAUUCUCUGAUUAAGCGACGGAAGAAGAUUACUAAUAAGAGGAUAAUCAAUUUUGUUAAAAGGCUGGCUACGUUGAGUUUGCAAUUAUUACACAAUGGCUCAUUAGGUUGCCUAGGCCUAAUAAAAACCCUAAUGCAACUAAACCGAUCGGUGGACAUCCUGUUAGAUUUGGACAGUUCCGGAGGCGAAGGAAAAUUCCAACCGGAAAUCGAAGAUCCGGAAUUCGCGAACGCCUCGAACAGCGCCUUAUUCGAAACCAUAUUAUUGAGGCGUCAUUAUCAUCCCGUUGUUGGGAAGUUUGCCAGAAAUAUCGCCAGUGGGGUACCGGCUACCGGUGACGGCAGUCUACCCUUGGAGUAUGGAAAAUUGACAGUGGAACAACUUUAUACAGACUACAGUAUGGACCAAAUGGCAUUCAAUCCACCAGUGCCGGUGCCAAAAAAAGCAUCUGCGAAAGGUAAACCCAAAAUAGGUUUUCUGGACGAUUCGUUCCGGGACCAUUGUAAUAAUAUCCUAAGAAACAGAAUUAAAAAAAGACCAUUUUGGAUAAGCAUUUAAGUAUAAAAUAAUAAAAAUUCAUUGUUAUUUAAA